AUGUCGAAAAGAGCCCGCACUUCGCGUUCGCAGAGCCAAAACGCGUCUCAGUUGUCUCAGACAAGGCUCGUGGAACAUUUGACGCAGUCUCAAUUCUCAAUUGACGACGCUGUGAACAAUUGUGUGCGUUAUAUUGUGUAUAAUGGGGGCCAAAAUGCGUACUUCCGUAAAGCCGACAUUCAGAAACACUGUGCGCCUAGAGCUGGCCACUUUCUGCAACAAGUGAUUGAAAAGACGACGCGAAUUUUGGAACAGGUUUAUGGCUACAAGCUGCUGGUUUGUGACCAAACUGCGACCAGUGGUAAAGGAUUUAUCGUAACAAACGCCUUGCCUUAUAAAAAUUACAACCUUGAUCAAGAGGAACCUGAUAUUAAGGAUUGCCAAAAAAUCUUACUUUUGCUGAUUUUGAGCCACAUUUUCAUGUCUAACGUGGCAACACCUGAAGCUUCUUUACAUGCAUUUUUGGAGCAUUUUGAAAUUGACGUUAAUGUGAGACAUCCUAUAUUUGGAAGUGUCAAAGAUUACAUCAGUACCUUAAUCAAACAAAAAUAUUUAGCCACAGAGACGGAUCCAGUGACCAAAAAAAUCAGCUAUAGUUGGGGCAUACGCUCCGAGGCUGAAAUAAGUAAACAUGCAAUAUUAAGCUUCGUCUGCAAGGUGUACAAGGACCGCCAACCUAAAAGUUGGACGAAUCAAUACAAAGUCGCCAAUGAACAACAUUUAGAGAACGACAAUGCCGACUAA